CUGUACCAAGUACCAGGGUGUCUUAUCAAACGCUGGAUAAAUUCAUUUGGGGAAUACAUUCUGAUGUUUUUGCACAAACAAUCUCAGUUCCUGCAGCGCACAAACUAUUUUUACACUUGAAGUGCACCGUAGAGCGCUGCAGCCAGCCCUCGGCAGUGUUUCCCCUCCUUGAAAAGUUACUUGAUUUCCACUUCAUAACAAUGACUGUCCUAUCCACAUCCUCGCUAUCCUGCCCUAUGGUACGGUAUCUUUCGAUUGCUCUUUGGGGGCGGAAAGCCUCCACUGAAAGUUGCAGGCUACAGAUAUCAGUAAGAACAAUGGUCAAGGAUAAGCCCUAAUUGCUGUUAACUGCAGUUGUGAUAAUCUCGGGAGGUGGCAUUUAUUGAUGGCAAAAGUGUCUGAGGUCCCAGGUGAGCUCCAGGAGCUGGAGGAGUUGGAAGAGAGACUGGAGACUUUGGAUUUGGGACAGAUUAGACCACUGUCAGAGCCACAUAGAGAGGAAGCAGCGGCCGUCCGGGCAGCAGAGGCAAAAGGAUGCGAGCGGGGGCUAAGCAGUAUGUGGUGGCCAGGCCGCUGUACUCGGAGGAGUCCUUCGCUGAGGAGCACAAGAAGGUCUACAGGCAACACAAGACCGUGCUGAACCACGUCAGGGAGUACUUCACAUGUGAUGUCAAGCGGGUCAAGGACGCGGCUCUCUCUCUCCUGCCGGUCAUCGGCUGGAUUAAAAUCUACCCCGUCAAAGAGUGGCUGCUCGGUGACAUCGUGUCUGGCGUCAGCACGGGACUGGUCGCUGUCCUGCAAGGUCUGGCCUACUGUCUGCUGGCCUCUCUGCCCCCCUGGUAUGGACUCUUCUCUGCCUUCUUCCCUGUCAUCAUCUACUUCUUCCUGGGCACCUCCAGGCACAUCUCAGUGGGUCCCUUCCCAGUCUUGUGUCUGAUGAUCGGCUCCGUGGUCACCAGGCUGGUCCCAGACGAGGGUCCACCCGCCAACAUCACAGGGUUUGAAGGCCUGACAAGUGACGAGCAGAGAGUUCUGGUGGCUUCGUCUGUCACCUUCCUCGCUGGCAUCAUGCAGCUGGCGAUGGGUGUUCUGCAGGUGGGCUUUGUUGUCAUGUACCUGUCGGACACUCUGGUGUCCGGCUUCACCACAGCAGCUGCCAUCCACAUCCUGGUGUCCCAGCUCAAGUUUGUGUUGGGGCUGCAGGUCCCAGGCAUCAGCGGACCACUCGCCAUCAUAUAUACUCUGGAGAUCAUUUUCAACAAGAUCACCUCCACCAACGUCUGUGAUGUGGUGAUCUCCCUGGUCAUCAUGGUGGUGGUGUUCAUUGUAAAGGAGCUAAAUGAUAGACUCAAGUCCAAGCUACCGGUGCCCAUCCCCAUAGAGGUUAUCAUGACUAUUAUUACAUGUGGAGUUUCCUAUGCAUUCGACUUCAAGACGAGAUAUGGCGUUGACAUUGUUGGCCAUAUUCCAAAAGGGUAUGAGCAUCCAGUGGCUCCAAACCUGCACAUCUUCCAGGAGACGGCAGUUGAAGCUUUUCCUAUGGCUAUAGUGGGUUUUGCCGUGGCCUUCUCCGUGGCAAAAGUCUACUCUGUAAAACACGAUUACACCAUAGAUGGAAAUCAGGAGCUUGUGGCCUUCGGAGUUAGCAACAUCUUUGGAGCUUACUUCAAGUCUUUUGCUGUGAGCACAGCUCUUUCCAGGAGUGCAGUGCAGGAAAGCACGGGGGGCAAGACUCAGAUAGCUGGUUUACUGUCAGCUGUCAUAGUGAUGAUCAUCACCUUGGCCAUUGGAUUCCUACUAGAGCCGCUCCCAAAGUCUGUGCUGGGUGCUGUGGUCAUUGUCAACCUGAAGGGCAUGCUAAUGCAGUUCAGAGAUGUCCCAUACCUGUGGAGGAGGGACAAACCAGACUGUGUGGUAUGGUUAGGUACCUGUAUUGCAGCCAUCUUACUCGGGCUGGAUCUUGGAUUGGCUGCAGGCCUCGGUGUGGAGCUGCUCAGCGUCGUCCUCAGGGCUCAAUUCCCUCGCUGCAGUGUGCUGGCCAACAUCAAGGGAACGGAUAUCUACAAAGACAGAAAAGACUAUAUUGAUAUAUAUGAGCCGGAGGGAGUGAAGAUCUUCAGGAUACCGUCGCCAAUCUUCUUUGCAAACAUUGAGUUCUUCAGGAGCAAGCUGGUGGAAGCUGUUGGAUUUAACCCCCUGAGGGUGCUGAGAAAGAGAAAUAAGUCCCUUAGGAUGGUCCGGAAACUUUUAAAGAACGGUGACCUGCAGUGGACGUCGAAAGGCUUCUUGAAUACCUCUUUUGGACUGAUCAAGGAAUCAGAGGACGAGAGGAACCUGGAGGAGCUGGACCUGCCGACUGACUUCAAGGACCUUCCUGCCCGGAUCGACUGGAACGCUCCGCUUCCAGCCAACAUCAUUGUUCCCAGAGUAGACCUGCACAGCCUGAUCCUGGACUUCUCUGCUGUCUCCUUCCUGGACAUCUCUGGUCUGAAGGGACUCAAAAUGUCGCUGAAAGAGCUGAUCCGGGUUGAAGUUGAGGUCUACAUUGUGGCCUGUGAUCCUUACAUCCUGGAGAAACUGCACGACUGUUGCUUUUUUGAUGAUGAAGUUCAGCCUUCGAUAUUCUUCCUGACACUGCAUGACGCCAUGCUGCACAUCCUCGAGAAACAUCCGGAGUCCACCGAAAUAAAAUCUCCCUACGAAAAGAUCAUAACAACAGUCAGCGUCCACCGCCCUGGAGGCAGUUUGAGGAGCAGAGAUAGCAAUGCUCCAUAUCCAGAAACCAAGUUCUAACAUCUGGAGGACAAGAUGACGAUUUCUGGAAGAAAACAUCCGUAAGACCAAAGACAAAAAGAGUGAAGGUUUUAUAGAUAAUGCUGUACAAUACGCUGAUGUGAGGAAUAAUGAAAUGACUUUAUUCAUCUGACAAUCUAAGUUUAUCUAUACAGUAUUUACUGCAAUGUAAGACAACACAUUUCAUUUUGUUAUUGUUUUUUAUACUGUACAUAGUGAAUUUUUAGAAAUUCUAGGUGCAAUACAUAUAUAUAUA